AUGGCGACUUUACCAGUGACGAUCCCGGUUAGCCGGGAGUUCAGCUCAAGAGAGCGACUUGAGGACCAUCUCGAGCUCAUGCGAAAGUUCAAAUGCAUUUUGGAUGAUGUAGAGCAGCCAAGUGGGCAAACACGUAGAUUCCCGCCCCUUCCGCCUGGCAUUUCAGGUCAAAAAGAAGAGGCGAGAUGGAGAGUGCAAUGCCUCUUGAUGAGCGCUGAGGUCCGGUACUCGAUAUAUCUUCAAAUUUUAGAAAGAUGGAUUUAUGGACUAACGUACUCUGGCAGGGACGUGGCCAUCAUAUUCUAUGCUCAUCUCCUCUCACCAUUCAACUUCCAGAGAGAUGUCGGAUCAAAUUUCCCAAACCUUUGGAAAGCAGAGAUUGAAUUCCCUCUUGCCAGAAUGCGCUCAACCAAUACAGAUGAAGCUAGUAAACGUGCAUGGACGAGGGAAUACCCCGAUGUAUCUUACCAGGUUGUCGAGUUCAUUCCUGCUGGCGACCACGCAUAUAUCACUGCUGACGAUGCUAUGGACAUACACGGCUAUAACUGUGGCUGGACGCGCUGCGCAACGAAUGCGACCAAAGGAGAGUGCGUCAUCCGAAUGACUGAAUGGCCCAAAUACCGUGUCGGCCGAGCCAUUAUCAUCUGCCCGCGUUGUCAGACUGAGAUGUUCAUUGGCAAAACGGUCGAGGCUCCCGGAGUGCUCAAAUUCUCUCGUGCCGCAUUUGGGUUCCCAAUCUUUGACCUAUGGGACAGCCCUCAACGACAGUUUGGUAGCCAAGGAUUUGUGGACCGGAUCUUGGCUUUGACCAAGGCUCGAGGCCUGUUGCCAGACCAUGUUUCCCGCUAUCUGAAGUUCCUACAGCUCAUCAAAGAGAGUAAAUCCACACUUGUUCCAACCCUCGACAUCGAUCUCCUCUGGCACACCCACCAGCUCUCACCGGUUGCAUAUGAGAAGUACUGCAAGAAGUACUUGAGGCGACAGAUCAAUCACGUCGAUACCAUCCGCGCGACGACGCGCUCCACGGGGCAGGACGACACGGAGCGCCUCUGGGCGACGCGGUACGGCGAGUCUUACUUUGACCCUGAAAGUACGUCCACGUCUACCGAAAUCAAACGACGCAAAGCCAGGUGGAAAGGGAAGCGGGAGGACUGGGGAGCUAAGCUGGCUCCGUACGACCACAACCACCAAGAUCUAAAGAAAGGACGCGAGGAAGCAAACGACCGUGCGUCAACCAAACGCACCGGCAUACGCAUCGCGCGUAAGGCGGCGAGAGUGCUCCACGCGGCACUGCUCAAGCUGCGUUACUACCGCCAGUCGCAAGGACAGCAGCUGCGGGAGCUAGAAUACAAUCGUCAGUCGCUGAUGGAGGAGCGCACGUACAAGUGGCGCGAAGUAGAGACUCUCGGAGGUGAGGGCCGGAGUGUGUUACGAGAGCAGGAGCGCCUCAACAAGAAAUGGGAGGAGGCAGAGAAGAGGAGGCAGGUGCUAGAGCAGCGGCUCACGACCGAGGUGGCCUUACCAACAGUCGCGAUUUGGCCGUUUAAUGUCGACGGCACGGACAGGCACGAUCAUCAACACCAGCAUCAGCAGCAGUACCAGGAGGAUCGGUAUAACGGGUCGUGGUACUCGAUCGUGCCGUCAGAGGUGCAGUCCGAUGUGCAUCCCAUUGUGGAUGGCGUGGACGAUAGGACGUCGAAUGAGGAGGGGGUGGUGCAGCAGGAGGAUGCGGCGUCGGAGGAGGUGGCGGAUGCGGCGGCGGAGGAGGGUGUGGAGGUGGCGGAUGCGGUGGUGGUUAAGGCGUGUAAUAACAACGGUGAGUGUCGUGACAAGCCUCUAUCGACAUCAGCAACUUCUAUCUUGGAACUUAUAUAA